AUCUGUAGGCCAGGCAGUGCAGUGAGCUCUCUUAGCUCUUUCUCUCGCCACCGGUGUCCACUGAGGAGCUGAAGAUGACGUCCUACACCGACAAAGGAGAAAAGCCAGAACGAGGGCGUUUUGUUAGAUUCCACCAUGUUACCUUCUGGGUUGGAAACGCCAAACAGGCAGCAACGUUCUACUGUGACAAGAUGGGAUUCGAACCCCUGGCCUACAAGGGCCUGGAGACGGGCAGCCGGGAGGUGGUGUCCCACGUCAUCAAACAGGACAAGAUAUUGUUUGCUUUUGAGUCAGCCCUGAACCCUGGAAAUGAAGAAAUAGGGGAGCACUUGAAAAAACAUGGAGACGGGGUCAAGGACAUUGCUUUCCAAGUGGAGGACUGUGAUUUUCUAGUGCAGAAAGCCAAAGAGCGCGGCGCCACGAUCGUAAGAGAGCCCUGGGUGGAGGAAGACGGACACGGCAGAGUCAAGAUCGCCGUUGUGCAAACAGUGAGAUCAGACACGAUGUUCUCCACGCUUAGGAGCGCCCGACUAUGGGAUGUGACGAGAAACCCGUUCUCGCUGUGCUCUCGCCCCGUCCAGUAUGGAGACACAACCCACACGUUCAUCGAGUACCUGGUGCCCUACAAAGGACUGUUUCUGCCUGGGUACAAAGAGCCGCUCUUCAAAGAUCCUCUGCUGCCCAAACUGCCGCCGGGCUGUCUAAGCUUCAUUGAUCACAUUGUGGGAAACCAGCCAGACGACAACAUGGUGCCAGUGGCAGACUGGUACCAGAAAUGCCUGCUGUUCCAUCGCUUCUGGUCAGUAGACGACAAGCAGAUCCACACGCAGUACAGCGCCCUGCGUUCCAUCGUGGUCACCAAUUAUGAGGAGACCAUCAAGAUGCCCAUCAACGAACCGGCCGUCGGAAAGAAGAAGUCCCAGAUCCAAGAGUACGUGGACUACAACGGAGGAGCCGGCGUCCAGCACAUUGCCCUCAACACUUCGAACAUCAUCCAGACGAUCGUGAAUCUCCGGGCACGUGGGAUGGAGUUCCUGUCUGCUCCGGACUCCUACUACAACACCCUGCGGGAGAAGCUCAAGACAGCAAAGAUCAAAGUGAAGGAAGACAUCAAUAAACUGCAGGAACUGAAAAUCUUAGUGGAUUUUGACGACAAGGGAUACCUGCUGCAGAUCUUCACCAAACCUAUGCAGGACCGACCCACGCUGUUCCUGGAGGUCAUUCAGCGCAACAACCACUUUGGCUUUGGGGCAGGAAACUUCAAGUCUCUGUUUGAGGCCAUAGAGAAAGACCAGGACGCACGAGGGAACCUCACAGCGUUGACCCCAGAUGGGGAGACCAAGACCUUCUAUUGACCGCAGACUAACACACACUAGAGCCUCAAAGUGGCCCAGAACAUAUGACCACCGCAAUAAAGAUAAUGACCCCACAA